AUGGAUGAUAUUAUAUUUGGAAGUGCUAAGCCUAUUUUAUGCAAGGAAUUCUCACAUCUCAUGCAAAAUGAGUUUGAAAUGAGCAUUAUGGGAGAAUUAACUUUCUUCCUUGGACUCCAAAUUCAUCAAUCAGAUGAAGGGAUCUUUAUUUGUCAGACAAAGUACACAAAAAAGCUAAUACAAAAAUUCGGAAUGGACAAUGCCAAGGCGAUUGAGACUCCCAUGAGUCCAGCUACAUCUCUUGACAAAUAUGAAGAAGGAAAAUCAGUUGAUAAAUCAAAAUAUCAUGGAAUGAUCGGAUCUCUACUCUAUUUAACUGCGAUUCGUCAUGACAUAAUGUUUAGUGUAAGCAGAUGUGCCAUGUUCCAAGCAGCUCCAAAUGAGUCACAUUUAACUCCCGUAAAGCGAAUUAUUAGAUACCUUAUUGGAACGACUUCACAUGGAUUAUGGUAUCCACGUCUUAACAAUUUUAAGCUUGAAGGUUUUUCAUAUGAAGACCUUGCCGCUGAUAAAGAUGACAGGGAAAGUACAAGUGGAGCGUGUCAAUUGCCUUGGCAAAUCACUUAUUUCCUGGAACAGUAA